AUGGGAAACUCCUCAGAAUUCCAGAAAGCAGUGAAGCUGGUGAUCGAGACGGUUUCAUUUGAUAAAGACUCAACGGUCCAAGUUUUUGAGGCAACAAUCAGGGUUUUGGGAAGCCUGCUUUCUGCCCACAUAAUAAUUACAGAUACCAAACAGCCUUUUGGUGAUAUGACCAUUAAGGAUUAUGACAAUGAGCUGUUGCAUAUGGCUCAUGACCUAGCAGUGAGACUACUUCCAGCCUUUGAGAACACCAAAACUGGAAUUCCAUAUCCUCGGGUCAAUCUGAAGAAGGGGGUACCUCCAGACAGCAAUAAUGAAACUUGUACUGCAGGAGCCGGUUCUUUGCUGGUGGAGUUUGGCAUCCUUAGCAGGCUGCUUGGCGAUUCCACGUUUGAAUGGGUGGCCAGGAGGGCUGUCAAAGCACUCUGGAGUCUCAGGAGCAAUAACACCGGACUGCUAGGAAAUGUUGUGAAUAUUCAAACUGGUCAUUGGGUCGGAAAGCAAAGUGGAUUGGGAGCAGGGUCGGAUUCAUUCUAUGAAUACCUUCUGAAGUCUUACAUCCUCUUUGGAGAAAAGGAAGACUUGGAUAUGUUCAAUGAUGCUUAUCGGAACAUUCAGAACCACUUAAGAAGAGGUCGAGAAGCUUGCAAUGAAGGUGAAGGUGACCCUCCUCUGUACGUUAACGUAAACAUGUUCACAGGACAGCUGAUGAACACGUGGAUUGACUCUUUGCAAGCCUUUUUUCCUGGACUACAGGUGUUGAUAGGAGACGUGGAAGAUGCUAUUUGUCUCCAUGCUUUUUAUUAUGCCAUAUGGAAACGAUACGGAGCUCUCCCAGAAAGAUACAACUGGCAAUUGCAAGCACCGGAUGUUCCCUUUUAUCCCCUGAGGCCAGAGUUAGUGGAAUCCACAUACCUUCUCUAUCAGGCCACAAAGAACCCAUUUUACCUUCAUGUGGGAAUGGAUAUUCUGCAGAGUUUGGAAAAAUAUACAAAAGCAAAGUGUGGCUAUGCCACAUUACACCACGUUGUAGAGAAGACAAAGGAAGAUAGAAUGGAGAGCUUUUUUCUCAGUGAAACAUGUAAAUAUUUGUACCUGUUGUUUGAUGAAGAGAAUCCACUGCAUAAAUCUGGAAAUAAGUAUAUGUUUACUACUGAGGGACAUGUUGUGUCUGUGGAUGAACGUUUCCGUAACUCACUGUGGCAAGACAUCCUCCCUGGAGAAGAGGACAGCGCAGAUAAAAUUAAACCUAACGAAUUAAAGGCAGUCAACUUCAGUUCUAAUUGUAACAGGGUUCCUGACGAGAGGAGAUACUUACUGCCAUUGAAGAGUAACUACAUGAGACAGAUUGAUCAAAUGGUGGGCUUGAUCUGAAUGGUUCUUCAGAGUAACUUUUAUCAUAUGUCAGGAGGAGCAUGGGAUUUGGCUGUAGACAUUCCUCUCCUCUUCAGCUACGCACCUGCAUACGCUGAGUCACUUGGGUAUACCCGUGCUUGUUAGUUUUCAAUUACGGAGAUGAAGGGAGAUCCAAGUUCUCUUACGAGUUCUGUCUUCUGAACUGCGGUAACUCCGUGUGCCACCUGAAUAGAGAUUUCUUGUUUUAAGACUUCCUAUGAAAAAUGUUGUUGCAAAUGAAGGCUGAAUAUACUUAAAGAAAAAAAAAAAAAAAAGAAAAAGAAAAGAAAAUUGGCGUGUGCCACUUAGCUACCUCUUUGUAGCUGUAUUACAAAUGUCCCUUUAGAAAAGGGUCUAGUAUUUAAUUUGAAAUGAUCUUGGGAUUGGGGAAGGAAUGGGAAAGUGCAAUUUCUUACACCAAGUUUAAUCAUUGAAUUAUUCUGACUAGCAAUACACAACCUUAAGUACUACUCAGGUAGGAACCCACUGGUAAUGGGUUUUGCUGAAACAAAAACGCUGUAUCGAGAAUAGUAUCUUGAAAAGAUAACUCCUGAUCAUAUAAGAAGCUAUCAGUAUAGUCAUGAUACCCUCAUAUACACAGUUGUAUAGAACUGCACAGUCACAAGAGCCUGUGGCUACAGAAACCAGUAAUAAAACAAAUCAGGUGCCUUUUUUUGUAAGGGAAUGGGUGGGAGGGAAGGGGAAAUUGCAAAGCCACUCAGCUGUCAAGCAGCUAACUUUAGCUUAGCUGAGCAGAAGUUCCAAAAGUUUUGUUGUUUGCCAUGUAUCUAGUGCCUUUUUAGGAGAGAUGCUGCUAAGAACUGGUAUAACAAUACAUGAAGAACAAACUAUUUCACAUUCCUGACAGCAUUAAUAUGUUAGUGCCUUAAGUUUUCUUCACUAGUAGGAAAAACUGAGCUUGCUUGGGAAGGUGGAUAAAGUAUUUCUGAUUAGCUGGCUGCAAAAUACAGCGGAUCCCAAAGUAACUUAAAAAGUAACUUACCUAUGAGAUGACUUCUUUUUUUCUUAAAGAUACUGGAAGAAUAUCAACUGCUGUGCCCACCCCAGAGAGUACUUGUGGGCUGGAUGUAUUCUCGGUGUCGGUUUAGUUAGUGACGGGGCUGCCGCUGCCUCGCCCUGGGAAUGGCGUUCGUAAGAGGUCUGAGCCGGCAGCGUGCUAACUUCCCUCUGCCACACGACAGUUUGGUACAUGCCGUCGUAACAGGGCCACGGCUGCGGCAGCUAGUGAUGCUGACUGUAGUGCUGAACUGUACCUGUAAGUUGUGCCUUUUGGUUCCAGUGAGGGAUGGUGAAAAAACGCUGUUGCUUCAUCCCACCAUCUUGAAAUACAGCUCAGAUAUGUUUGAGGAAUAACUGUCUAUGAACUUUCAGGAAGAAAGCAGUUAAAUUCAGGCAGGGCUGUUGAGGGAUGAAAACAAACUGAGGCCAAAACCACUUACUCUAAGAGUUUGUUGUGGGUUUUUUUUUUCCCCCAAUGGCUCCCCAUUUCUUACAUGCUUUUUACUUUUGACUACAGUUGAAGUAGUUGAAUGUUACUGUUGGGUUAAUUAUUUUUAAAUUAAGGCUUAAAUAUAAGGGCAAACUUGAUCUGCUGUAUUUUCACCUUCUUAUAACAACAUCGGUUUUCAUAAACCAUGUGUUGCAACUCAAAACAUUUCUAAUAAAUAUGAAGUUAGUGC